AUGUUCGCCCAGAUCGACGCCAAGUUCCCGAGAUUCAGGCCUAUGUUUGAAGCAGAGUUGGCAUAUCAUGACAUCUGCAACCCCGUAAGGGACAGGCCCCGCUCGACAGAACGUCUUAUCAACAGGAUACGACCUCCCUCCUGCAGCUGGGUAGAAGGUUUUUUCAGUGAGAACGUUGAUUGCCCCGAUGUUUAUGGUCCUUCUCUCUAUGCCGGCUUCGUUGAUGUUCACGGCCCAGACCGAGACCCCAUGGAAACAACAGGUUAUUUGUCAGAUGACUCACACGAAAGAUGGCAACGACAGUCGGGAGAUGUCCGAGAUGCACUCUCGUAUUGUCUGCGGCUCCUCGCUGAAGAGGCACCGGAGGAAUUUGAGGCUCAGGUAUACAAGACCUUGCCCCACUGGGUUGGCAGGUACCAUCCGCGAGAGUUUCUUGGGCUCAAAUUCAAUCUUUGGGAUAUUCCAUCAAGGGACGAUGUUGCCCAUGCAUUGGAUCUAUUCAAUAUUCCCGAUUUUGUGUGGAAGCUCCCUGACAUGUGGUCAUAUCCACACAGGUUCUACCUGGAACUUGGCGAUGGCCCCGAUAAUCCACGGCCAGAAAACGCCGAAAGAUGUCAAUACGAUGCCGAAUAUGAUAAUCCCAUGAGGAUGGUCGAUCAUUUUGAUUAUCGCCAUCGCUAUAAAAUAAGAUUCUCUGCUACCGCUACAGCAAUACGUUUCUUGAACAGGUUGCCUGCUGAGCAGUGA